AGAGGGGGAAAUGGGUUUUGAAAUGGGCCGGACUAUCCGGUCAAACGGAUAGCUCCAUGCGAACCGUCAGCAGAGCGGUGGUGAUCGGAAACGGCGUCGCCGGCGCAGAGAACCAGUGCAUCGGCUUAGUUCGAGCUCUCGGCCUCUCCCAUCGGCAUACUAUCUACAGAGUCACUAGGCCAAGGGGAGGAAUUAAUGAGAGGCUUCGUUGGUUGCCAGUUUUCCUCCACAAAAAGUUAGAACAUGCCGUGAAGUGGAUUUAUGGGGAUUUGCAGCUACAAGUUGGUAAUAUGGGGAAGAAGGUGACCAAUCUUCCUGCUAAGCAAACAGUUAUUCCAGAAGCUGAUCCUGAGCAUAUUGCAAGAGUGGCUCGUGAAACAUUUGAGAAGGAGGGCCCUAUAUUGGUGGUUGCAUCAGGCAGAGAUACUAUAUCCACUGGAAGUUCUAUAAAACGGUUAGCACCAGAAAAUGUUUUUCUUGUCCAGAUACAACACCCUAGGUCACGUCUGGAUAGGUUUGAUUUAGUCAUUACACCUCGUCAUGAUUAUUAUCCACACACACCCGAGGGGCAAAAACAGAUUCCUUCAAUUAUACGGAGGUGGAUAACACCUCAAAACCCUCCUGAAAGGCAUGUGGUCCUCACUUUGGGAGCCCUUCAUGAGAUUGAUUCUAUUUCACUGCAAAGUGCUGCUUCUGUAUGGCAUGACGAAAUGGGACUACUGCCAAAACCUUUGCUUGUAGUGAACAUUGGAGGCCCUACUGGUCAUUGUAAAUAUGGUGAAGACCUGGCAAAUGAGCUAACAUCAUCACUGCAAAAUGUUCUACCAACCUGUGGAAGUGUCAGAAUUUCUUUUUCGCGCAGAACUCCAAAGAUGGUAUCAGAUCUUGUAGUUGGCAAACUAGGACAUCAUCCCAAGGUUUACAUUUGGAAUGGGGAAGGUCCAAAUCCACAUAUGGGACAUUUAGCUUGGGCAGAUGCUUUUGUCAUCACAGCUGACUCAAUUAGUAUGUUGAGUGAGGCUUGCAGCACUGGGAAGCCUGUUUACGUAAUUGGAGCUGAGCGAUGUACAUGGAAGUUUACAGACUUCCAUAAAACACUAAGCGACCGAAGCAUGGUACGACCAUUCACAGGAAAAGAAAAUAUAUCUGAAGGGUGGAGGUAUUCUCCGUUGAACGAUACCAAGGAGGCGGCCAGCGCAGUGAUAAAUGCGCUUGCAAACCGGGGAUGGAGAUUGAAACCAUAUAUAGCUGCCUCAACUGUGGAUGAACAGUCCAUCUCUCAUAAAUGAAUUGAACACAACAGUCGUGGAUGAAUUCCACUUGAUUUUGACCAAUUACACUAAGAAGUGUCAUUUUGGGUACCUGCUAGGCUGCUAUCUUAAUUAUCAAGAUUCGUAAGGUUGAAGGAUUAAAUUUGUAAAUGCUACUGUAUUCAAAUCUCUACAAGUGAAAUUAACUCAACCUCAAUAGAUAUCAUUUUCAAAAGUUGUUCCUUAGUGGCUUAGUGCAUAGGUUUAGAGUUCAUUAAUGCAUGUAUAAUAACAUGAAUGAAGUUUUAAGUAUUGGAGUUUAUAUGCCAAA